UUUAGAGUUUUUAGGCCCUGUUUGGUGGUAGCGGUUAGUGUUUUGACCACUACUAGAAAAAAUAUGGGAGUUUUUGGUAAGGCAGCGGUUAGCGAUAGUGGUAGUGUUUAGAUAGCUUUUCUCAAACGUUAAAAAUAGUAGUGUUUAUAAGUAGCGGGUAGCGUUUGUCAAUUUUUUUAUUACUUUUUAAACAAUAUAUAUAUAUGAAUUUUGAUAUAUUUUUGUAUUGUAACCGCUACUUUUUCCAAACACUCAUACUAUUAACCGUUACUUUGACAGUUAACCUCUACCCACUACUAAUUGACAGAUACACGCUGGACCGUAAUCAAUUAUUAUUGCAACAAUAUCAAAUCAUCAAUACUCAUCCACUAAAAAAAAAAAAAAAAAAAAAAAGUCGUAUACGGCUUGAAAUGGACUCUAUAUUUCAAACCAUUAAUAAUUUAAUUGCAGUCUUUGCUGAGUCAACCCUUUAUUAUAAGUUCAUCCUUAUUUUGUUUUUCAAAGAUUUAACUUCAAUUACUGCCUUUAUUAAGAAUUUCUGCAAACAGUAAACUAAGUAGUGAUCUUGCAAGUUGCAAAACGACGAGUUUGAUGCCAAAUCUUCCUCAAUUUCUGCAGUGAAGCGUCAUUCUACCUCUUGUGAGCUGCUCAACAGUGGGUGGGUGGCUCUGUGGCGGAGCCGCAGAGGAAAGUAUACACAUGUGGAUGGAUAUGUUGGCUGGAGCUUGCCACUCGUGCCGUCUUUAGCUCAAGGCAUACAGAUAGUGAUCUUUAUCAAGGAUAAGCUUUUCAUAAUGUUGAGCAGUUUGGAGCUUACUGAAAUUGUGAUUGACAAUAGAGACACAGUCAGAAGGGAACCAGUGUCGUCACCAGAGAUAGAAUAUAGAGCGUCAUCUGGUUCAUCCAGAGGAUCUUUGUGCUUUGGGUUGCUCUAUCAUCAACCAGCGAAAAUUCUGGAUCCCAAGGAUAAUUUUGUGCAUAGAUGGAAUAAGAUAAUUCUAAUCUCAUGUGUUUUGGCUUUGGGCUGUGAUCCACUAUUCUUCUACGUCCCAGUUAUAGAUGGAAAGAAAAAGUGCAUCAAGUUGGAUGAUAGUCUUAAAAUCAUUUCAAGUAUUUUUCGCACAUGUAUGGAUUUGUGCUAUCUACUUCAUAUCAUCUUGCAGUUCUAUAUUGGAUUUGUCUCUCCAUCUUGUCGAGCAUUUGGGGGAACUACAUUAAUCAAGGACCAUGCUGCUAUAGCUAAAAGAUAUCUCUCGUCAUACUUUAUAAUAGAUUUAUUAGCCAUACUACCCCUUCCACAGCUGGCAGUUUAUGAUAUCAUUCCAAAUCUGGCUGAUGGUUCUUUGACACCGGAGGGCUUGUUAAAAUUGGUGAUUUUCACCCAAUAUGUUCCAAGGGCUAUUCGGAUUUUUCCUUUGUACAAGUAUUUUCAAAGGACAUCCGGCAUGAUUACUGAUACCGUAUGGGCUGGAGCUGCAUUCUAUUUAUUUCUCUACAUGCUAGCAAGCCAUGUGGUUGGAGCAUCUUGGUAUCUGUUUGCUAUUGAUCGGCAGGGAAGAUGCUGGCGCAAGUCUUGUAUGGGACAUGGAUGCGAUCAUAUGUUUUCAUUUUGCAAAGAUGAAAGCGGAGUCAACUACGCAUUCAACAGUUCGUACUGCUCCCUUGAGGAUCCUAACCAAAUCAUAGGUUCUACUUUCUUUAACUAUGGCUUAUUCUAUGAUGCUCUUCGGUCAGAAGUGGUACAGUCUACUCAUACAUUACCGAAACUCUCUUACUGCUUCUGGUGGGGCCUUCGGAGUCUUAGCUCUUGUGGUCAAAAUCUCAACACAAGUAGUACUUAUUUUGGGGAGAACUUAUUUGCUACGUUAAUUUGUGUUGCUGGACUAAGUCUGUUUGCAUUACUGAUUGGGAACAUGCAGAAAUAUCUUCAAAUGAUGCUUUCAAUUGGUGGCUUGGAAGAGGACAGAAGACAGAAAAAGCAAGCUGUAGAGCAAUGGAUGUCUCGUCGUUUGUUGCCUGUGAAUUUAAAAGAGAGAAUUAGAAGGCAUCACGAGUACGUUUGGCAAGAAACUAGAGGUGUUAGUGAAGAAAGUGUAAUUGAUUCCCUUCCUAGGGACCUUAGAAUGGACAUAAAGCGGCAUCUUGGCUUGGAUCUUGUUAUGGGAGUUCCAAUGUUUGCAAAGUUGGACGAGAAACUAAAAGAUGCAAUGUUUGAUCAUCUGAAACCAGUGCUUUAUACUAAAAACAGCUACAUUGUACGUGAGGGUGACCCAGUUAACGAGAUGCUCUUUAUUAUGAGAGGAAGCCUACUGUCUAUGAGCACAAAUGGGGGAAUAACUGGUUUCUUUGAUUCUGUUUCCCUCAAAGCCGGUGAUUUCUGUGGAGAAGAGUUGCUCACAUGGGCCUUAGAUCCACAUUCCUUUUCCAGUCUUCCCAUUUCAACAAGGACAGUACUAAGUGAGACAGAAGUUGAAGCCUUUGCAUUGAUGCCUGAUGAUCUGAAGUUUGUGGCUUCGCAAUUUCGUAGGCUUCACAGCAAGCAGGUCCAACACACCUUUAGGUUUUAUUCACCACUGUGGAGGACAUGGGCAGCCUGUUUCAUACAGGCAGCGUGGAGGCGAUACUACAGAAGGAAGCUUGAGAGAUCUUUACCAGAGGCCGAAGAAUACGCUCUUGCCAAGGAGGGUGGAAGCUCACUAAGCUUCAGUGUUGCAAUGUAUGCAUCAAGGUUUGCUUCCAAUGCACUUCGUAACCUGCGACGUAGCACUGCCGGAUAUAACAAAAUUCCUUCGAGCUCACCCCUCCUCUACUUGCCAAAGCCAAAGCCAGAUGAACCUGAUUUUGCAUCGAUUUGACGAUGGUUAGCCACUUAGCCUUUCCGAAUCCUUCCAUUCAAGUCAUUGUUGCUUCUUAUUCGUAACCUUGUUUUUCAUGUAUAAUUUGUAAAAUGGUAUAGUUAAAAAAUGUCCAGUUUGCUGCAUAAGUGAUGUUCCAAAUUCUUCAUCAAUUUUCUUUCUGUUUUCGUGCGAAGUGUCACUAGUUAAGAGAUCAUGCCUCAUGCCAAAUGACAAGGGAUCAAGCCAUCAUGUAUUUCAGAAUUUCUGUAAUUAAUUACUACUAGUUAAGAUUCUACAGUCUUUAACUUUGGCCUGUUC